AUGAACCACCUUCCGCAAGCUUGGGGCCGUCCCAGAGAUGAUGUCUACGGUGCCUACGAUGCUUCACACUUCCAGAUGAACGGCCCUACGCAGCACUCACAGUCUCCUAUCGUCACCGGUACCUCCGUGUUGGCGGCGAAGUUCAAGGACGGCGUAGUCAUUGCAGCAGACAACCUUGCUUCAUACGGAUCGCUCGCUCGCUUUACCGACGUCAAGCGACUACGAAAGUUCAACGACGAGGUGGUCGUAGGCUUCGGCGGCGACGUCUCGGACAUGCAGUACCUCGACCGCCUCCUAAACUCCCUCGAUAUCCGCGAGAACUACGCCUCGACCGAUGACAACCUCAACGCCAAGAACCUCCACACAUACCUCGCCAAGGUCAUGUACAACCGCCGAUCAAAGUUCGACCCGCUGUGGAAUCACCUGUUGAUUGCUGGUCUGGACGGCGAGGGCAAGCCGUUCCUUGCGAGUGCGGAUCUUCUCGGCACCACCUUCUCUUCGCCUUCGAUUGCCACAGGCUUUGGAGCCCAUCUUGCACAGCCGAUCAUGCGCACAUUACUGCCCGAUGAGGCGUCGGUGCAGAACGUCACUAAGGAGCAGGCGGUGGAGAAGGUUAAGGAGUGCAUGAAGGUCCUCUUCUACAGAGAUGCAAGGAGUAUGGACAGGUACUCCAUCGCUGUCAUCACGAAGGAGGGCGUAGAGCUGAACGAGGACGUCCAGUUGGAGAACCAGAGCUGGGCGUUUGCAGAGAGGAUCCGCGGCUACGGCACGCAGACGGCAUAA